AUGACGGGCGGCGUGAAAUGCAACGCGUCCUUCAGGGCGGCACUGGACGGAGACGAUGACAACGGCGACCCUGCGUCCGGCAACGAGCCGUGUCGCAAUGGGAACGACACGAAGUCCGCAUCAGGCACACUCACGACCAGCAUGGCCGGGCGCCCGAUUGCUGUCGAGUUGUGUGAUGACGAUGAGGAUUUGGAUGCCGUUGCCGUUGCCAUGCAACGAAAAGACGAAUGCCUGCAUGGCUCAUCGGGCCGGAAAAAGGCGGCCUGUAGCCCCUUGUCUCGUCGCGCUGCACGACGCACCAGGCCGCGUCUCAGUCCGCUCGCCACGCCGUCCUCGACGAGCAGCCCAUCCAGUGGUACAGAAACGGAGUCCGUGUCCACCAAGGCCAGCUUGCCGCACUCCAGACACCACAGACUCACCCGCUGA